UACUGUCCGCUCCCAUUUCGCAUGAAAAAUAUCUUUAUACGAUUUUCAAUUUCACAUUCAGCUUUGUUGCCUAAGGCAGAGGCGAAAUCAUGACUGAAUGUGCAUUGUUAUGUGUGGAAGGGGCUGAGUCACGUUACUUCCUGGUUUGAAGAGCCAGUGGUUGGAGGAACUGCGUGGCUGAAAAAAGAAACUGACACGUGGAUCAUCAUCAACACUUCAGGAAUCAGGAAAAAGCUCAAAUCCGUCCCGCUGCGUUGUAGCAGCUGUGAAAGCCGUAGGUCCGGUCAUUUAUGCCAGUCGCUGGAGCGCAAUGGAUGCGUCAGGGAUGUAAUAAAGAGAUGCUUCCGCGAAGAAACUGGGAUAGAAACAUAUUGUUUUCAUUGCUUUGCUCUUUUGCCUGUCACGCUUGUAAAGACUGACCCGAGAGGACAUCAGAGCAGAUAGUCACAAACGGAUAUAUUUGUCGUUGAAUGGCAAUUCUACAAAAACAUGGAAAGAACUCUUGUCCAGAUUUGGCCAGUAUUAAGGAGAAUCCCUCAGAAAAUAUCGGACAAGCUGGGUCACAGAAGAAGUGGGCAGAGUCGAGUCAGAACUGGACAAGGCCGGUAGCAAGAAUAUGGACGGUGGUGCUGUUGCUGGGCACAUGUUUGCUGUACUGUGCCCGUGUGGCCAUGCCUAUCUGUGCAGUGAGCAUGGCAGAGCGCUUCAACUGGUCCAAGAGAGAAACGGGCAUGGUGUUGGGCAGCUUCUUCUGGGGCUACUGCUUCACUCAGGUCCUUGGAGGCUACGUCAGUGACAGGGUGGGAGGAGAGAAAGUGAUGCUGUUGUCAGCGGCAGCAUGGGGAGCAAUGACAGCCUUCACCCCAAUCUUAGCCCAUUUCUGCUCCCAGCCCAUCGUCUCCAUGACGGUCUCCCGCUUCCUCAUGGGCCUGCUGCAGGGUGUUCACUACCCGUCUCUGGCCAGUCUGUGCUCUCAGAAGGUGGUGGAGAGUGAGAGGGGUUUCCUCAUGAGCACAGUAGGAAGCGGCUCAUACCUGGGGACUCUGGUGAUUGGAGGGGUCGGCUCUCUCAUGCUGGACUUGUACGGCUGGGAGAGUGUGUUCUACGUCUCUGGGCUUCUGUCUGUGCUCUGGGCGUACUGCAUGUGGAAGUAUCUGCUCAAAGGAGAGGGUCCCAUCAUCACACUGGAGUCUCUGGGCAGCGCUGGAACCCAGUCCAAACUGUCCAAGAGAAACUGGCUGCGUCUCUUCAGACAGCCAGCUGUGUGUGCUGUCAUUAUUACACACUUGUGCACCGCCAGCACCUUCUUCACACUGCUGUCAUGGCUGCCAACAUUUUUCAAGGACACCUUCCCUGAUGCCAAGGGUUGGGUGUUUAACGUGAUCCCAUGGUUUGUGGCCAUCCCCUCCUCCCUGUUUAGUGGAUGCCUUUCAGACCAUCUAAUCAGUCAGGGUUUUGAUACUGCGUCAGUGAGAAAACUUAUGCAGUUCUUCUCUAUGGGGGUGUCCAGUGUGUUUACUCUGUUUCUGUGCGGGACUAACACCUUCCCUGCAGCGGUGGCUUUCGUGUCUGCUACUAUGGGCCUCACCACAUUCAGCCAUAGUGGGGUUUCAGUAAAUGUUCAAGAUCUCGCUCCAUCCUGUGCCGGGGCUCUGUUUGGGGUGAUGAAUACCUGUGGAGCUUUUACAGGGGUCAUCAUGGUGUAUUUCUCAGGGUAUCUGAUCGAGGCCAGUGGUUCCUGGGCGUCAGUUUUCGGCCUCAUCACUGUGGUGAAUCUGCUGGGGCUAGUCACGUUUUUAAGCUUCGCAGAAGCUCGCAGAGUGGACAUAGAUCUAGCGAAGGGCCGUUACCACAACAUCCACAUCUGAGGGCACGGGAAGGGAGCAGAGCAACACCAUCAGGAUAUGGAGCUUAUGGAUCUGAUGCGUGUGUGUAUGAGGGGAGGGGAGGGUCAUAGAGAAAUCACUGACUCUAAGAAGACAGUCGCUGGUUUCUUCAUUAUGGCUCUUCAGAAAUCUCUUUGGAUGAAGAGAAUAUAGGAAAAGCUGUAGGAGAUAUUUAAUCGAUCUGUUAUAGAUCACUAGGAGCUGCAGUGUGAAGAGUGUUACUGAGGAUUUUGUUGAGGUCCAUGUGUUUAUUCAUUUCUAUUUUAUCCUGUAGCACCUGUGCUGGUUUAUAAUUGCAGUUGCUUUAAUAUUAUCAUUACUGUGACCAAAUCAGAUCAGAAACCUGCAGUACACCAUCCAUUUAAUCAGGUUAUGACCAAAAGAUAGAAUCUGGGAAUUGACAGUGUUUAUUAAAUUAUUAAUAGCAUGUUAUUUUAAAAUACCUCAUCUCAGACAUCUGUUUCUUCCACAGGGUAUGAGAUAUUGAUAGAGAUUACUGUUUUUUGUUACUGCAGAAUUGGAGUUUGUCCUAGUUGGAAGGAAGUUACUGUCAUUAGUGCUUUGUUAAACAUUAGUUGUGCGUCUUGUAGCUGGCUGAUUUCUUAAAGCAUUUUUUGUCUCAGCUGUGUGAUGUUGAGAAUAGUUUCUGAUCUUUAAAGGGAUAGUUCACCCAAAAAUUAAAAUUUGAUGUUUAUCUGCUUACCCCCCAGGGCAUCCAAGAUGUAGGUGACUUU